UGGACACCUCACUUUCAGGAUUUGUUUACAAUUUUUAGCAAUGCAGUUUCACUUUAAAAUUGCAGAUGCUGAAAGGGACAGGGACAAUGUGGCGGCUCCGAGCAAUGUUGGUGUUAAUCCGCACACCGCACUGCAGCCGCAACAACCUGCUGCACUCGUGGAGCCCAAGGAUGCACAGCACGAGAUCAGACUGCAAAAUAUCGUUGCGACUUUCUCGGUAAACUGUGAACUGGACCUCAAGGCGAUCAAUUCGCGCACCAGGAACUCGGAGUACUCGCCCAAGCGCUUUAGGGGCGUCAUAAUGCGGAUGCACUCGCCCAGGUGCACUGCCCUCAUCUUCCGAACGGGCAAGAUAAUCUGCACCGGGGCUCGGAAUGAGAUUGAGGCCGACAUUGGAUCCCGGAAGUUUGCUCGCAUCCUGCAAAAGCUGGGAUUUCCUGUAAAGUUCAUGGAGUACAAGCUGCAAAACAUAGUAGCCACCGUCGACUUACGAUUCCCCAUCCGCCUAGAGAACCUUAACCAGGUGCACGGACAAUUCAGCUCCUAUGAACCGGAGAUGUUCCCCGGACUCAUUUACCGCAUGGUCAAGCCACGGAUUGUUCUCCUGAUCUUCGUUAACGGGAAGGUUGUGUUCACGGGCGCCAAGUCGCGCAAGGACAUCAUGGACUGCCUGGAGGCUAUUUCACCUAUUUUACUAAGCUUUCGGAAGACGUAGUUAAAUUAUGGCAUCUAUAUUUACAUAAGUAAUCUAUAUACUUAAGUUAGUAACGUUUUCCAAAUCAACCAUUUUUUUAUAUGUGCACCUUUUUUAAAAAAUAUAUAUAACAGAAAGUAUUUAGGAGCAGCAAAGCUAGAAAUUAUUUAAUACUUCCUUUUUUUAUAUUAACGAAUCAUUCAUAUUUGAAAUAAAGUAAUUAACAAAAA